AUGUGUAAUCCAAUCCGAUGCAAGGGUCUUAGGUGCAGUUUCACAUUUUAUCAGUUGUCUCACGGUGCAAAUGUCAACAUAUUUAUAUAUUUUGUGCUUGCUGGACUCUUUAAAAGCAAAUUUUGUGAACUUUGGCAGAUUCUGAAGCCUUGCGUCCCCGAGGCGGCUUGUUUUCCUGAAUAUUUUGCCCUCCAGAGUGGCUCUUGCAUACUUGCGUUGGGUGGUGCUCCAAGCUCAUGGGCCAAGCUGUUGAUGACCAUUGCUACAAUGUUGGCCUUGGUGAACCAACUGGUGCUUGGACCGAGAACUGCUCAACUCAUGGUCAAGCUCUAUGACACUUCCACCGGAAGUGCAGACCAGCCUUUGCUGGAUGGGAGUUCUGAUGUGAAGAAGACAUUUGGCAUGGUACAUGGCAUAUCUAUGCUGCUGGAUCUCCUGAACUUGUUUGCAGUAUUUGCCUACCUUUGCAUGGUGGCUGGGUAA